UCGGUACGCGGAGUAUAUUAGGCGGUUCAUAUCGCUUGGCCUCUGCUAUCAGUCGCCUCAGUCGCGGUUCGGCAGUGGUGCCCUAGAGAUGUGGUUUUAUUACGGAGUGAUCGAUUUUCUUACGUGUUGCUGCGCGUAAACCUUCCCCCCCAGUGAGAUCUCUGCUAAAGAACCGACUGUAACGUUUGCGAUACUUACUAUUAACUAAUAGUGAAAUUUGUGUGCGUGUGUGAUCAAACAACGAAACUGGGGUGAUACAUACAGGAGUUGUGAUUAUAAUUCAAUUAGCGUUUGCGGAAAGUGUAGUGGUUAUUUAAAAAUUGCGUUACUUUAGACAUUCGGUAUCAACGAUCCCGCCCGUGUGUGUGUGUUUUUUUAACUUCAAACCCGGAGGGUUAGAAAAUGAUAUUGAAUGUCAAUAAGAAAAAGCUUCUGCUGCUAUCCGUCCUAGCAGCGAUAGUGAUCGUCGCCCUUGCCGUCGGCCUUACCGUCGGGCUUCGCUCGCGUGACAGUUCAGACAAUCAGCAUGCCCGUCUUACCGGAGCCGCCGUCACCUCCAACGGCAUCGAGUGUGCCGGCAUCGGUGCAGACAUCCUGCGGCGCAACGGUUCGGCAGUGGAUGCCGCCAUUGCAACGCUGUUCUGCGAAGGUGUAACCUGCCCCCAGAGCAUGGGUCUCGGCGGUGGCUUCCUGGCCACGAUCUACAUGCGCGACACCAACACGGCCCUGGCGCUGGACGCACGCGAAGUGGCACCGGCCGCCGCCACCAAGGACAUGUACCUGAACCAAUCGUCGGUACAGGGCGGACUGGCGGUCGCUGUGCCCGGUGAGGUGAAGGGUUACUGGGAGCUGCACCAGCGCUACGGACGGCUGGAGUGGAAGGAGCUGGUCGAACCGACGGUACGACUGUGCCGCGAAGGCCACCUGGUAACGGGCUACCUGGAGCGCAUCCUAAAAGGCCGCGAGCAGCGCAUCCGCAACAUACCAACGCUGCGCGAUGUGUUCAUCAACCCGGCCACCGAUCAAACUUGGCAGGAGGGCGAUCGACUGAAGCGCCCAACGCUGGCCGACACGCUCGAGGUGAUUGCGCGCGAAGGCGCAGGCGCACUGUACAGCCGCAACGGGACGCUGCUGCCGAAGCUGAUGCGCGAUCUCAAACUGUUCGGCAGCAUCAUCACCGAGGACGACUUUUACAACUACGAACCACGGUGGGUUGCUCCGGCACGAACCAGUAUUAGAAAGUCUAGUCACGUGUACUCGUUCCCGCUGCCCGGCAGCGGUCCCGUACUGAACUACAUGCUUAACAUCCUGGACAACUACGACGAGCUGCGACCGGACGACCCACUGUCCUGGCACCGGAUCGUGGAAAGCUUCAAGCACGGCUACGGCAUGCGCACGCGCCUCGGCGACCCGGCCUUCGUGCCCGGCAUCGAGGACCAUCUGGACAAGCUGGCGAGCAAAACGUACGCCCGCUACAUCUCGGAAACGAUCCAGGACGAUCGGACGCACGCCGAGUACGCACACUACGGGGCGGAGUUUUCCAACGAGCGCGACCAGGGCACGGCCCACGUGUCCGUCCUUGCGCCGAACGGUGAUGCCGUCGCGGUCACCAGCACCAUCAACAAUAUCUUGGGCGCAAUGAUACGCUCCCCCUCGACCGGCAUCGUGCUGAACGACGAGAUGGACGAUUUCUCCACGCCCGGGCUGAUCAACUCGUACGGGCUGCCUGCAUCGCCGGCCAACUUUAUCGUGCCCGGCAAACGGCCGCUCUCCUCGAUGACACCGACAAUCAUUACCGACGACACGGGGGACGUGCGCAUCGUGGCGGGCAGUGCGGGCGGCUCGCGCAUUACCACCGCCACGAUGCAGCUGAUCGUGCGGCACCUGCUGUUUGGCGAAACGCUCGGCACUAUCAUUAGGGCGCCCCGGAUGCACCAUCAGCUCGCGCCGAUGUCGAUCGAGUACGAGAAGGGAUUCGAUCCGGUCGUGAUCGCCGGGCUGGAAGCGCGCGGGCACGUUUGCGUGCAGGCUGCGUCGGACGGUGGGUUUGCGGCGCUGACCGCAAUCGUACGCCACGCACGCGGCACACCCAUGUCCACCCUCAUCGAAGCGACGUACGAUCCGCGACGAUCGGGCAGUAUCGAGAUUUUGCAGGAUUGCACUAGCACUAUAUACAAGACACAACCGCCCGUAUCCAUCAUCAUGAAGCGCAGAACCAUUCUCUCGCUGCUGAUCGCAGCGAUCAUACUCACAAUUCUGAUCGUCGUGUUUGUGCUAGCCACCCAGGGCAACAUAACACUCCCCCCUCCACCGGGUGAUGCCCCAAUCGCCCAUCAUCACCGGUCCGGGGCGGUCGUUGCGAACGGUGCCGAGUGUGCCGCGAUCGGGGCACAAAUCCUGCGCCAGAAUGGUACCGCCGCCGACGCCGCCAUCGCAACGCUGUUCUGCGAAGGCGUGACCUGCCCGCAAAGUAUGGGCCUGGGCGGCGGCUUCCUGCUUACCAUCUACGACCGCCAGAACGGUACGGUGGAAACGCUAAAUGCACGCGAAUCGGCACCGGCCGCUGCGGAGCGCAGUAUGCUGCGCGUAGCGAAGGAACGCGGACAGGAUACGCGUGGCCUUACCGUGGCCGUGCCGGGCGAGUUGAAGGGAUACUGGGAGCUACAUCAACGGUACGGUCGGCUGGAGUGGGCAGCACUGGUACAGCCAACGAUCGAGCUGUGCGAACGGGGCCACCUGGUGACGCCCUAUCUGAGCCGAAUACUGGCGCGCGUUGAGCGACAACUGUACGCAGAGCCCUCGAUGCGGGAAGUGUUUAUCAAUCCGGCAACGAACCGCACGUGGCAGGAAGGGGACACGAUCAGGCGGCUGCAGCUGGCACAAACGUUGCGCAUCGUAGCGGCGGAAGGAGUGGACAGUUUGUACAGCGCAAACGGGACGCUGCUGCGCAUGGUCCUGAAGGAUCUGAAAUCGUUCGGCAGUAUUAUAGAGAAGGAGGACUUUUUAAGCUACAGACCACGCUGGGAGGCACCGGACACGGUAACGCUGGCUGCCGGCGAACGCGUCCACUCGAUCGUCGUGCCGGGCAGCGGCACGGUGCAGAACUUUAUGCUGCGCGUGCUGGACGGGUACGCGAACAUGAGCGCGACCGAUCCGCUCAGCUGGCAUCGCAUCGUCGAGAGCAUGAAGUUUGCGUACGGGCUGCGUACGCGCAUCGGCGAUCCGGCCUUCACGCCGGAAGCGGUGGCGGUCAUACGCAACCUGACCGAUCCGCAGUUUGCGGCGUACGUGCGCGAGCAGCUGAUCAAUGACGAGCGUACGCACGACGACUUUGCGUACUAUGGGGCAGAGUUUGCCGACGUGGAGGACAAGGGAACGGCCCACAUCUGUGUGCUGGCGCCGAACGGUGAUGCCGUGUCGGCCACAAGCACCAUUAACUAUCUACUUGGUGCUAAAAUACGCUCCCAGUCGACCGGCAUCAUACUGAACGAUGAAAUGGACGACUUUUCCACACCGGGCACGGUCAACACGUACGGGCUGCCGGCAUCGCCCGCCAACUUUAUUGCGCCGCGCAAAAUCCCACUCUCCUCGAUGACACCCUCGAUCGUGACCGAUCGGAACGGUGCGGUCCGGAUGGUGCUGGGUGGUGCGGGUGGUUCGCGCAUUACCAGCGCAACGGCCGUCAUGAUCUAUCGGCAUCUGGUGUUUGGUGAUGAUCUCGCCACGAUCAUGAACGAGAAGCGGCUGCACCAUCAGCUGGCCCCGAUGUGGGUCGACUAUGAGGCUGGCUUUCCCCAGACCGUGCUGGAUGGGCUGGUAGCGAAGGGGCACCGGGUGAAGGAGAAAACGCCGGACGCUGGGUUUGCGGCGGCGACCGGCAUUGUGCAGGAUGCAGCGGAACAGCUGGUGCAGGCGGCUUACGAUCCACGGCGCGGUGGCAGUGUGGAGAUUGUGAAAACGUAAAGUGCGCACAGUUGAGGCGCAUGGCGGGGUACGGAACGUAACGGAAACGGUUUUGGGUGCAGUUGGUUUAAAUGUAAUCUUUAUAAUUGAAGUAUUUACCGACUAAUAAAAUGACACACAAACAAGUGUUUGAGGACAAUGAAA